AUACUGAAAACAAGCCCUAUAUAAAGCACUAGAAUGCUUGUUUAACGGUAAACCCAACAAGAAGUGAGUUUAGAGUUAUUUAUUUUGGGUUUUAACAUUGAGUUUAGGGUGCUGCAUCCGUGUCUAGGAGAUUAGGAUUAGGAUUUUGGCUGUAGGAUCAUACACUAUCCAAUUCAGGGUCGAUUGUGUCAUUGUCUGUAGAACUCGUUUACAUUGUAGAAAGGGUAGAAGAUGUCUAGUGUUGUACCAAUGUUAGAGAAAGAACUGAGCGAGUUGUUUUACAUGUAUUUCCUCUCAUUCUCCAUCCCUUCCCUUCUGUUGUUUUUCUUCCUGUACAAAUGGAUUUCCAACAAGUCUUCGAAACUCAAAAACUUACCACCUUCUCCACCAAAACUGCCAAUUCUAGGACAUCUUCAUAACCUAGGAAUGCUCCCUCACCGGACUUUUAAGUCUUGGUCUGAGCAAUAUGGUGGGCUUAUGUUGAUAUACUUGGGCAGUAAACCUGCACUUGUAGUCUCGUCUGCAAAGGUAGCGAAAGAGAUUAUGAAAACACAUGAUGCUCUUAUCUCCAAUAGAGGUAGGUUUAGCAUAAAUGAUAAACUGUUUUACAAUAGAAGGGAUGUUGCUGCUUGCUCUUAUGGAGAAUAUUGGAGGCAGAUGAAGAGUAUAUUUAUGCUUCAGCUUCUAAGUAAUAGAAGAGUUCGAUCUUAUAGGGGUAUAAGGGAACAAGAAACAUCUCUACUCAUGGAAAAGAUUAAGCAAAAUAAUAAUAAUUCAUCAGCUGUCAAUUUGAGUGACAUGUUUAUGGUGUUGACAAAUGAUGUUGUAUGCAGGGUUGCAUUUGGAAGAAAAUACAGUGAAAAUUAUCAAGGUGGUGGUAUUGAUAUUAAGGUGGUCUUAAAGGAGUUUGUGGAAUUGGUUGGGACUUUUAAUGUUGGGGAUUUUAUACCUUGGUUAGCUUGGUUGAACAGAUUUAAUGGUUUGAAUGCUAAGUUGGAGAGGGUAGCCAAAAACAUUGAUUUGCUGCUAGAAGAGAUACUUACAGAUCACUCUGAUCGACUAAAUCAAACUGGAAAUGACAGUGAUGGCGAGAAUGAGAAUGAAGCUAAGGAUUUCGUAGACGUGUUGUUACAAGUUCAGAAGGAAAAUUCAGCUGGUUUUCCUCUUGAAAGAGAUAGUAUUAAAGCUUUGAUAGUGGACGCGUUUUCAGCAGGAACAGAUACGACUUACACGGUGUUAGAAUGGGCAAUGACAGAGUUGAUAAGAAAUCCAAGAAUUAUGGAACAAGUGCAAAAGGAGGUAAGAGGAAUAGGUGGAAACAGAGAUAAGAUAACAGAAGAUGAAUUGCCAAAAAUGAAGUACUUGAAAGCGGUAAUCAGUGAGACACUCCGAAUGUAUCCACCAAAUCCCUUAUUAGUACCUCGAGAAACAACACAAGAUCUAAAGAUAAAUGGGUAUGACAUUUGUAGUGAAACUCUUGUUUUUAUUAAUGCUUGGGCACUGCAAAGAGACCCUGCUACAUGGCCAGAACCUGAAGAGUUCCGUCCUGAAAGGUUUAUGGAUUCUUCAAUAGACUUGAAACGACAAGACUUUGAGUUGGUUCCAUUUGGUGGUGGCAGAAGGAUUUGUCCUGGAAUAUCAUUUUCAGCAGCUAUUAACGAGCUUGUGUUAGCAAACCUUGUGUAUAACUUCGAUUGGGCGUUGCCUGUUGGAGUCACACCUGAAACGUUAGACAUGUCUGAAUGUCCUGGUCUCACCAUACACAGGAGUGCUCCUCUUCUUGCUCUUCCUACUCCACAUACUUUUUGAAAACAGAUUAACAUUUCUUGGACUAGUUGAUAACUCGAUCUCUAAUCUACUACAACCAUACCUGUAAGCUGCAACUAUCUUUGUCGAAUAAAAGUCUUAAUGUACCAAGUAUUAUACCAUAGUCUUGAGAGAACACAUUGUUCGUCUAUCAUCUUUUUCUAUAAAUAAAAACAAUAUAUACUCGUAUAAGUCUUUAUUCUAA